AACUUCGCUGGUGUCCGUCCUCCCGGGUGACGUCACAAGAACUGCCGCGCGUCUCUCCAGCGCGUUCGCGAAUGGACGUCUUCACAGGCGCGCGCGCGACCUAGCAUCCGCCAGUCAUGCAGCAAAAGAUUUGCUCUGGAGGUUCCCUCUCUUUCCACGAUGGCCCCCGCUCGCCGUUCUUCCACAGCCUGGACGCCCGCGCCGCGUGCCCGCACGAGUACGACGGCUUCAGCAUCACCGGGAAGCUCCCGGCGGGUCCGCCGCGCGACGCCGCCCUCCCGGCUGUGCGCGGCGUGCGGCGCUCGCUCAGUGACGGCAGGGACGCCGCCCACUUCCUGAUUUCCAGGAGGAGGACACGGAGCGUCGGCAUGCGACAGGACGGAGACCAGGACGAGGAGUGCGGCGAGACGGACGAGGAGGACGGGACCUCGGAUAAGCCGCCGGAUCAUCACGGCGGUUUGCGUCCGGGCCCGGCGCCGCUGCUCGGGCAUCACGGUUGUUCGGACCCGGACGGUGUCUGGUCCUCGUCAGCGGCGGGUCACGGAGGCUUGGUCGGCAUUGGCGGCGGCGGCGGUAGCGGCGACGGCUGCGGCGUCCUGCAGCAGCGGCUGGCUCGCGUCAGGUCGGAGCUGGCGCAGGCCGACACGCGGCUGCUGUGCGAGCGCGCCCACUCGCAGCAUUUGUCCCGCGAGAGGCAAGAAGUAGCGGAGAAGGAGCGGUCGCUGAGCCGGCAGGUGGACGUGGCCGUCAUGGUGAUCGCCGCCCUCAAGGAGCAGAUCAACGCCUCGGAAAGCGAGCUGGAGCGACGUGAAAGGCAGGUGCUGAGCAUCCAGAAGUUUUUGGAAAUGGCCGCGCGCCAGGAGACCAGCGGCAAGGUCCGAAUCCAGUUGUUCAUCGAGAACCUGCUGAGACGCAUCGCGCUGGCCGAGACCCUCCUAGAGGACUACCAGGUCCUCCAGGCCCCAACGAGCGUCGUCGCACCCCUCCCGGUCUGCCUCGCGAGUCUCACGGGCGUCUCGUCUUCUCAGGGACGGCAGACGCCGGCAACCGACCGCGACAAACCUCGCAAGAUCACCAAGAGCAGGUCGGCAGGGUGUCAGCUCUCGUGCGGUCUUCACGGCGACGCGACGUCGGCCGAACAGCGCGAGCGUCUGGCGCACUCGUCGCGUCUUUUCUGCCGACCCGAACACCGAGUCGACAUCUGGAACCAGCGGCGGCGCUCGACCGGAUACGAGGCCUAACGCCGCCAGGAAGCGGCGCGCUUGCGUCAUCACCGCGCGACUUCAAUUCUUCAUUUGAGUUGAGAACACACACACACACACUUGGCCGCUUAUCACUGACAUCUAACCAUUUGGAGUUAAUUUUAUUGAAUUGGUCAAUCCAAUGAUAAAAUGACUAUAACUAUAAUUGUAUUAGUUGUAUGCAUAGAUCGAUGUAAAUGUGUACAAUCUAAUGAGAAAAUAGUACAUCACGAGGAAGGAUCUGCUUUGUCUCAAUCCUUCGCUAAUCACAGCAGGCAUAAGAGGCGAUCGGCGUUGUGGUGGUGGUUGUGUCCACGAUGCGAGCCGGAGUCCGCGCUUGGAAAUGACCCCACUGAGCCACGAGGACCAAAGCGGCAGCAGGAGGACAUUUUCAUGACGUCAUUGACCGCGCAUGUGUCGCGAGUGGACAACAUGGCAGACGCGGUGCUGUCUGCCGCACUUCCCGGUCUACUUGUGUCUUGCCCAAGUGUAUUUUGUGCCGUCAUAAUGCUAUCCGGCGCGUCAUCUUUCACGUCAAAAGUGAAAUCUCACUCGCAAGUUUUAUGUCAUGGGAUUGGCACGGAUGAAUAGAUACAUUCCAGUCAGUGAAGCAGCAUCAUUGUGCAGUCUCGUAGGUACAACGUUUAUACAACGUAACAAUUAUCUUGUGACGUGUUUAAUGACGUGGCAGCCAACUAUACAUUUUAAUAAUAGUUUUUAGUUAUUAAAUGGGCAUGAAAAAUA